GUCACCGCGUAAGGGCCUCGCGUAUGACGUCACUUGACGAGCAGUUGAGAACGCGAUGGCGACUCCGCUCGGUGUUCAGCCGCAACAGCAGCAGCAGCAACAACAGCAGCAGGACUUUGACCCCGUGGCGCGGGUGAAGAUGCUGCUACCGCAGCUCAAGGAAUGUCUGCAGAAUCUUAUGAAAAUUGCUGCUCAGAACCUGAACCAGAACACGGCGAUUGAUAAUGGAUUGAAGAGCAGUGACUCGCCCAUUCAUAGAUUUGACAAGUGCCUGGAGGAGUUUUAUGCCAUCUGCGAUCAGAUCGAGUUAUGUUUGAGGCUGGGCUACGAGUGCAUCUCGCAGAGCGUGGACAGCGCCAAGCACUCCCCCAGCCUCGUGCCCACGGCCACCAAACUGGACGCCACGCAGGCCGACAGCCUGUCUUACGGGCAGUACCUCGCCAUGAUCAAGUCCCAGAUCUCCUGCGCCAAGGACAUACACAACUCGCUGCUCGUGUGGGCACGGGAGAUCUCCAGCAAGGGGCAGAUGUAGUGGCCACCCACCGAGUGAGCAAGCGGAGACUGUGGACGCACGUUGACUGAGUUUGAUCUUUGUUUGAACUCUCUUUUUUAAAUGUCGCUUCAUGGAGAACGUGGGGAGGGGGGCAGGGUGAAAAACACAAUUUUCGUAUUGACGUUUUAUAUUCUCGUCUUUCGUUGUCGUGUAAAGCACUUUUCAGGAAAUGUAACGCAAUGGAAGUCGUGACUGCUUAUUGUUAUUAAAUUUGUUUA